GAAGAGACCCGAAGUUACUACCGUACACUGACCAUAGACAGACCAGAUAACUCAGUCGUGAGUUGACAGACAACGUGUGCAGUCGCUGUCGGAUUCGAAUUAGAUAAAAAACAUUAAUUUUUGAUAAAUCAGCGUACUAAAACAAUAGUCCGCGUUAGUGCUCGUGUUGAUACCGUUUAUACUUUUUUUUUAACAGUAAAAAACGAUUGUUGGAUUAUUUUGUAAAUUAAAAAUGGUGACUUCACGGACAGCUUUAGAAGGAACUUUACAAAACCGAUUGGCAAACAUUUGCAAGGAUACUAUUACAAUGAAAGCUAAUUCCGAAGAGUUAUUUAAUCUAUAUAAUAAUAAUGUAAAACCGGAGGACAUCGACGCGACUUCUGAUGGACAAUGUUACUCGCCAACAGAACUGUUGACGUUCAAACGGGAAACAACUACACCCACAAAUUUGAGCGAAGACUCCGGAGUAGACGUGUCUGUGCCACCACGCAAACGGAAACGUAUAGAAGACAAACUUUGUCCGACGUCCGACAAACGUCAAGAUGCAGUCUUGUCGGUGAACUGCAUUAUUGGUAUUCCAGACAAGAGUCAUGGAUAUCCACCAUUCAGGCCGUGGAGUAACGAGUCUGCGUCAGCAUCAGACGUUGGUCUUAGACUAUUUCAUGACAUACAAAAUGUAGACAGGAUACUAUCAUUGGCGCAACGCAAAGAACCACUGGAACCUCAACCGUUGGACCUUACCAAAAACACAGCAACCGAACGGCCUAUAAUUGAAGAACCUCGUGUGACUAAAAACUCAAAAGAUAUUUGUACGACUUCAAAUCUUUCUAGUACCGAUUCAAAUACCCUGCUGACAGCUACCACUACAGCGAACCCAACCACUAAACACGGCAAAAACAUGUCAAAAGCCCGAAGGAUAGAGGCUAACGCGCGAGAACGGUCCAGAGUUCAUACGAUCAGCGCUGCUUUCGAUACUCUUAGAGCUACCAUACCAUCAUACUCGAAAAAUCAAAAACUGUCAAAAUUAUCCACCAUCAGAAUAGCAAGCGCUUACAUACUGACCCUGUCCAGGUUAUUGGACAUGGACUACAGCCUCGAACAAAAUAGGCCGUCGGUGGACGACUGCGUGAAUGACAUAACCGAUAUUAUCCACUUAGAAGGCAAAACGAGAAAAAGAAAAGAUGAAACGUAGAAAGCCAACUAUUGAUAGAUUUUAAAAGUCUAUUUUAUUAUAUUGUGUGCACAUAGACAUAAUAAUAUGGCUCGUACAUAAAUUUUUUAAGCAUAUUUCUCUUUUGUCCCACGUGUUAAAACACAUGGCUAACACUUGUAGGGUUGUUAGCGCUGUUCGUGGUUAUAAGUGAGCGUUGACCUAUACAAGUAUAAAUAACAUAAUAAUGCAUAUUGAAUCCAAAUUUAGAUAUCGAAGCUAAUUGCGUUAUAUUUGUUCACUACCAAACGACAUUCCAGAAGAAAAAUAAGAUAUUGAAUGAAUUACACAAUUCUAUUUGUCAAUGAGAACGCUUUCUUAAAAUAUUUUCUGAGAUUAUUGUAUUAUAUAUCGGUCAUAAAUCCUAGUCAGACAUUAUAUUAAUAUGUAAUAAACCAACGUAUCUAAUUAAAAUUAUAUAUUAUUAAUAUAAAGUAUAGUUUGUAAUUUAUGUUUUCACCAAUUAUAGAUUUUUUAUAUUAAUUAUAAAUGUUUAUUUCAAUUAAAACUAUUUAUAUUU